AUGCAACUUCGCGCACGGCGAAGCCGAGCUCUGCCGGGCCAUCAACCUGCAGGGCCACGAAGAGCCCUGCCAGCCCACUCCUGGAGCCAACCCAGCACGCACGGUGAAGCCGAGCUUUGCCGGGCCAUCAACCUGCAGGGCCACAAAGAGCCCUGCCAGCCCAUUCCUGGAGCCAACCCAGCACGCUUUGCAGCCCGCCCUGACCCACCUGCCCCUGCCCCUGCAGCCAGCUUUGGAGCCUCGGCCACUGCCAAGGUUAGCGUGAACGCCUCGCUGGCAGGCGCCAUUAUUGGGAAAGGAAGCAUGAAGUCGAAGCAGAUAUGCCGGCAGACGGGUGCCAAGCUGUCGAUCAGGGACCAUGAGACGAACCCGGGCCUGAAGAGUAUUGAGCUCGAGGGCACGCUGGAGCAGAUUAAGGAGGCUAAUGUGAUGGUGCAGGAGCUCAUAAACAGCACUGGGAGAAGCUCUGUUAUAAUUUUGCCAAGGGGUCGUGCACGUUCGGGUACAAGUGCCAUUUCACUCACGGGGCUUCCGAGUUGCUGCUUGGUAUGUGAGUAG